CUACCAUGGUUGAUGUUCUACUUUGGCGGAGACGAAUGGUCGAUUUCAUGUUAGCCUAACUUCGAAAAAACAAAGUUCCCAAUAUUAUACUCUUAUAUUGAUGCAAUCACACCAUGGCUAACAAGUCAAAAGAAGCAAAUAUACCUGGACCAGAUAUUUCUCAGAUUCGCAAUCCUAUUCAACUAAGUGGCAAGCCUGUUGAACAAAUUCUGAACAGUAUACAUUAUGGAAGCCCGGAACUUAGGUGCUUACUUAUGGAUGAAUGUGAUAUUAUAUUUGAGUGUAAGGUGUGCAGAGCCUUGUUUAGAGACCUUCCGAAUUUUAUCUCUCACAAACGUGUAUAUUGUGUGAAAUCGUCCUUAGAAAAUGGACAUGUCAUGAUAGCAAACCUUCCUGAAGAAAAGGUGGUGGUCAUCCAACCACAGUCGCCAGAAGAGACUGAAAAAGAAAAUGAAGACAGUGUGUCCACUCAGCAACCUAAGCCGCGUCCAACCUUAGACGAGACGAUCCAGCGUAUCCAAUCAGGAGAGUUGGGGAAAUCUCUUGCUUACAAAGUUUACACUGAGGCAGCAGAGAAAUUACAAAGACAAAAAGAAGGGAUGAAAAUAGCUACAAUACGAACAACCCCCAUACCAACCAAUAAGAAUGCCGUUUUUAUUGAAGUUAAAACAACGUCUGUAAACAUUCACGAACGACAGCAGCAAGACAGUAAUGUUGUGGCGGCUUCUCCAGGUGAGUCUGACCCACCCGCCGCUGCAACAAAAAACAAAAAAUCUGGGGAAAAAACUGCAAACAACAGUCCAACCAUAUCCUCAAGGAUUUCUAGGAAAUCAGCCAAGCAAGAGAAGCACUCGGCUGAACCACAGAAGAUUUUAAUGGAACAUUUAAAGGAAAUUCAGCACAAGGUGAAGCAGAAAGCUGCUGCCCAAGAUGCCGGUGUCCUGCCAAAAGGCAAGUCAAAAGAAGAAACUGUGACCUCUCCUCGCAAAGACACUGGUCAAAAUAAUGAGAAACAAGCCAAAGGGAAGAGUAAUGAAGGACUGAGUGACUUAGCACGCCAGAACUUUCAAUCACUUCUGGCUAAAGAGGAGACAAAGGCAAAUGAUGAGAAGAAAGCAACAACCACUAGGACAGGGGAACGUGCGGUUGUUAAACGUAGAGAAAGUAGCCAACCCCGCCCUAGUGCUGUCAGACGCCAAGCAUCUGAAGCUGCCAAGGAAAUCAUCAAGACUAAUUCAAAGAAGAAUAUAUUAAAAUCCCUUACUUGCGUCAAGUGCAGUUCCAUUUUUUCCACUAGAAGCAGCUUAGGGUUUCACAUGAAGAUACACCAUUCGUCGAAGAGAGUUUUUUACCAGUGUCCAUACUGUCCCAGUGCUUUCUAUUACUUUUAUGGAAUAACACGACACCUGUAUAACAACCAUGACAAAUCAGCUGAUGAGAUCAACAACAUGCGCAGCCAGAUCAGAGAAAAUGCUGUGGUCAGGCCAGUCUCUCUCUCUAAAAAGAAAGACAAAACAAGCCGGGCAGGGAGAAAGCCAGUCUCAAGGAAUAGGUCUAAGAACAACAACAAUUCUGAUGAAAUGCCAGGCAAGGGUGUGACAGAGGCAGCUAAAUCCCAGAGAAGAGCCACGCCCUCUGCUGGGGAUAAGAAACUCCAGCAAUACAACAAUGAAGGUGAGGGUAAACUGACCAUAAGUGUUGAUUCCAAUGGUUUGGAUAAUUCUGUUUCCUCCAUGCCCAGCCCUGCUCCUUCCUCUGCUUCAGAAGACUUAACUGACCACUCACGUGUUUGCUCAAAGUGCCAGCGGUCUUUCGGUCGUAAAAUAAGUUACGAAAACCAUCUAAAAAUUUGUCAAGCUGAUGAAGAUUUACCUGGUACCCAUGUAUCAGAUAAAUUAGGAAAAUCAUCACGAAAGAAUGACGAAAUUUCCAUUAGCAGCAAACCUCAUUCCAAUAAACCUGAAUCAUCAACCAAGGUGAGAGAAAGCACAGAACAGGAGAAAGCUAGCAGUACCGUCAGCAGUCAGUUGGAGGGUGUAGGUACCAGAAGCAGGAAGAAAGAUUCCAGUCCCAACGCUAGCAGAACCCUGGCAAACAGAAAGUCCAGACAUCAGCAGAGAUGUGCCAGUGUUGACAGAGAUUUAAGUCCAAGACCAUCCAGAAACAGGAGUCAGGAAAGAGUUGCUAAAGCCCCAGGGGGAAGGGAUUCUUCUGUAGAAAGCACCCAAAGUAACGUGGAGGGUAGGAUGCCCAGAGUGCGCAGACACACGCCGUCACGCUACGCUGCACCUGGCAUCACCCCAGACCAGCCAGGGAAACCCCAGGCUGACGCAGCAGAUAAAUUACAGUCAACAUCACCAAAGAAAGUGGAGACAGAAGUUACAAAACUAGUAGACACAUCACAGACCAGUAACCCUAGUGACCCCAACCUCUCUGUGACCCGCCUCAAAACCAAGAACAGCUCAUACAGAAUUACCGUCAUGAAAAAUGUUCCUAAAGACAGCGCCUCUGUGUUACCUGAGAAGGCGAACCCUAACGCCGCAGGUAACUUGAAAUCUGAGACCAAAUCUGGCACAGGGUGUCCUCAGAAAACAUACUUUGCCCCGAGAAAUCCCAUGACCAGCGUGAACUCUUCCAUCCAUUCCCCCACCUCGCCGUACAGAGAGCUUGGCUCGCCCAAGAAAAUAUCCCCUUCCACGUUUGUCUGUACCGUCAAACCCAGGAGCCUGCAGCAGAAGGUGGGACUAGAAGCCAAGGUCGAACCCACGGUUAAGACCGAAUCUGGUUUGUUUUACCGCAGCCAGGAGCUGGGCUAUCAGAUUUGUAGCGCGCAGGGUGUGCCCAUAACUAAAGUCUUGUGUACCACUGUCAAUUCUUCUCACCAGGCUGGUCAAACUCCAGUCACCCACUUGUCAUCCGGUCACACUUGUGAGAAAACAGAUGCAUCGCAGAUCAAAUCAGAGAGCAAUGCUGAGAAAACAGAUACGCCACGGAGCAUACAAGAGACCAAUGUGGAGAAAUCUGAUGUGAAAAGCUUACGUUACGGUGAACUUCUUAAAGAGUAUUUGUUAAAAGACGAAGGCAGUAGCUUUAAGAGUACAGAGCAAGCAGCAUCACCACGUAUACCUACACCUGCAUUGUCUGAGAGACCUAAGCGUAAACGUAAGGUGCCCACACGGAGCUUAGAUGCCGAGGAGAUGCUGUCUAAGAUUCAUAAACACAACAGAGAGCCAGUUCCCUACAAGAGAGCUAGAUUAUCUGAGACUAAAGCCCAGCCAGUCAGAAGUGGGAAUACAAGAGGAUUAGCGUCUUCAGAUGCUCAAGACAGUGUUGUAACAGAAGGAGGGGAUGAUAUCAAAAGUAAACCAAGGGGCAAUACAAGAAGAAAAGAUAUGGAGGAUGAAGACAGUAGCAGUGAUGAUGACGACGAUGAAGAAGAAGAGGAGGAGCCUGUUAAAGGUAAAGGCCGUGUGGUUUCCAACAGGAUUUAUGUUUUGGAGAAAAGCAAAUCAAAAGUUCACAAACUUCGCUGUUAUGACCAGUCCAAGGUGUACAAACUAAUUGAUGAGGCAAACGCCAAAUGUUUGCAGUGUGGGGAGCAGUUUACCCAGGUGUCCAACCUGCGCAGGCACGUCAUCAGGCAGCACCUCAAGUGGAGCAGAUUUAAGUGCAGGCUGUGUAAGUUUGAGUGCUACGACAGGUCGGAGUGUAACACUCACAUCCUUAGAACACACAUGACCACAGUCUCCAGGAAGAGCACCAAAUCAAUCAAAUCCUUGAUCAUUGACCUGGUCAAACAGGGAUCCAAAGUACGCAGUCUGAAGAAAACUAACACACUACGGGACAAGCAGCAGUCUGAGAAAGAGGGCAACAUCUAUGCCAGGCCAACUGUUAAAAGAGUUCCAAGGCUGCCGCAGAGGUCGGCCAUGCAAAGUAGCGAAAACAUUUCCAUGACCACCUCUGAUGGGUCGGACUGUACUGUCAUCUCACCAGAGCCAGGGAUGAACUCAGACAGCUCGUCCUCAUCCAGGCAGAGGGAGUCUCCACGAUCAAGAACCACAGACAGGCAGUUAACUGGCAGAGGUAUGAAAAACCUGCCCUUUAACAUCUCAACCAGAAACUCCCCUCGUACGUUCGACACAAGUCCAUACAGGCGUUCUUUCAUUCAAGGAGCCAAGUCUAACUUACAGACUAGGAAAAGUAGGUUCCCUAAACAUGUGGUCACUGGGAAAGAAAUAAUUGUUGUGGUGUCACCAGAAACCCAUGAAAAUGGGGUUAAGACAAAUCCAGGGGCUGAAAACACAGAAAGUGUGGAGAAUAUUUUUGAGAAACUCAGACGAGAAUCCACCUCGUCUGAGAAAAGCCCUCACAAAAUCCACACAGUGAAUGAUGAGCAGUCUGAAGACAUGGCAGGUAAGGUUCCCGCAGCCACUAAUGGAUCUGAGCCAGAAGGGGAUAGAAAACCUCACAUAGUAGUCUCUGAUUCUGAGGGAGAGAAAUCCCAGAGGAUGAUUCAUAUUCCACAGUCUAAGCUUUCUGAGGCUUCAUCAUCCUUGGUGCCAGCACAGCAAAAACUUGUCGCAGGUGACAAUUUUGUUACAAAACACAACUUGCCACUUGCUCAGAAAGGGCAGGUGAAAUAUAUCAUCACCUCCCCAGGGACUCAGCCUGCGGGGGUGUUUGGCAAAAUCCCCAAAACUGUUACCCUUCCGGCAAAUUCUUUGCAGAAACCCAGGGAGGCUCCAUUGGACACGUUCCCUGCACUCUCAGAGCAGGUGGCAAAGUCUCUGAUGAAGCUUAAAAAACUUGGUGACAACAUGAGCACGUCUGGAACCGUUGUGGCAGCGCCAGGAUCAACCCCAGCCCAGGGACAAGAAAAACUGACAAAAAUUGCAAUGAAUAAAGGGCCAGUGACCACUGCUCAAAUACGACUAGAUUCCUCUCAGGGAAAGUCGCUUGUUUCAUCCCUUCCUCCCAGUUUGCCUACCUCUGGAGCAAACUCUUCAAAGUGUACACCCUCCAUUGUCUUAAGCCACGGCUCAUCUGGUAAAAUAAUUGUCUACACCCACGCCGCGGAAGAGAAGCAAUCCUCCGUCAGCUCAUCAACCGCAUCAGCACCCAUAUUCCCCCCCUCUUCCUCCUCCACCUCAACAAUCACCGUCAGGUCUAAGGAGGCAGGGGGACGGAGCACGCCAACCACAACGUCUGAAGAGGAUGGUCUACCUUCUGGUACCUUUGUCAUUCACCAACAUUUUAUCUGAGGCCUAAAGAAAAACCUAUACCACAUCUGUUUUCACAUCAUUUUUUUCCCUCCCAAUUCCAGAAGGAAAAAAUUUGAUUCCAUUUCACCUGAUAAACUUCUUGUUUAAACAUUUUAAGUGAUAAAGCUGUUUUGAUAUUUGUAUAAAAAAUACAGAAGGAAACAGUUAAGAAUUAAAAAACAAAAAUUUGAUUGUAUAAUUCAUAUUUCAAAGCUCAAUGGAUUUCUGAAGUUAAUUGGUAAUUAUGUAUGAAAUUUACAAUGGUUUUCCAUGUUAUGUAAAGUUAAAAAACAGAUCACAAGAAGUUUACAUUGAUGAUGAAAUCAAUUGUAAAUAUUUGUUUCAAUCGUGUUGUAUGUUUUCUUUAAAUUUCUUAGGAUUUUUUUAAUGAAAUGAAUUUUCAUAUGUUGUCUUGAUACUUAUUGAUUGCCAUGUUUUAAUUAGCAUAGUAUUAACAGAAUACUAUACCUGAAUUUCUCAGUAAAUAAUUUUUAC